GGUGGUUGGAGUCUGGUUUGGCGACCCGUGUGUGCGGGGAAGGCUGUGUUCUCCCCCUGUGUCCCUCCAGACUCGCCACCAUGAGCAGUACCUUAGCUAAGAUCGCGGAGAUAGAAGCCGAGAUGGCUCGGACUCAGAAGAACAAGGCCACAGCACACCACCUAGGGCUACUUAAGGCCCGCCUUGCUAAACUCCGACGAGAACUCAUUACUCCAAAAGGUGGUGGUGGUGGUGGACCAGGAGAAGGUUUUGAUGUCGCCAAGACAGGUGAUGCUCGAAUUGGGUUUGUGGGUUUUCCCUCUGUGGGGAAGUCAACACUGCUAAGUAACCUGGCAGGAGUGUAUUCUGAGGUGGCAGCCUAUGAAUUCACUACUCUGACCACUGUGCCUGGUGUCAUCAGAUACAAAGGUGCCAAGAUCCAGCUCCUGGAUCUCCCAGGUAUCAUUGAAGGUGCCAAGGAUGGGAAAGGUAGAGGCCGUCAAGUCAUUGCAGGUGAGUGGUCCAGGGCCACCAUCUUGGGAUAUCAUCCCCUGGUAUUAUUCCUUUAGCCCAGUGGUUCUCAACCUUCC